GUAAUAUGGAGUUGAUUAGGUUACGACUGGAAAUGAAGUGUCAAGCUUUUCUUAGUGUAGGUAUAAAGAUAAGGAAAUACACCAGUGGCCAAAGUACCUCAAACUUUGAUUUCACUGACCUCACGAAGAAACGCAAGGUUUUCCUGCAUGUGGGCCCCACGAAUGGUGGUAAAACAUACCAUGCUUUGAAGCGGCUUGAGUCAAGUGCUUCAGGUAUAUAUUGGGGUCCUUUAAGAUUGUUGACAUGGGAAGUGGCAAAACGAAUGAACAAGGCAAAAGUUCCUUGUGAUCUAAUUACAGUACAAGAGAGAGACGAAGUUGAUGGUGCAAGGCACAAAGCUGUCACAAUUUUGGGAAGUAAAACAAAGGGUUUUUCAUUCACACGUGCUCUAUUGGGAAUUGCUGCUGACGAGCUUCAUCUUUGUGGAGAUGCAGCUGCUGUUCCUCUUAUUCAGGAAGUGCUGAAAGUGACCAAUGAUAAUGUAGAGGUCCAAACUUAUGGAAGACUUUCACCACUUGUUCCUCUAGAAGUUCCACUUGGAUCUUUUUCUAAUAUAAAAACAGGAGAUUGCAUUGUAACGUUUUCACGUCAACAGAUCUAUAAAUUUAAGAAGCAAAUUCAGGAUGGGGGGAAACGUCUUUGCUCUGUGGUUUCUGGUUCAUUGCCACCAGAGACUUGUACAAGACAGGCAAUGAUGUUUAAUGAUGAAACUAGUGAGUUUGAUGUGCUUGUGGCCAGUGAUGCAAUUGGGAUGGGUCUUAAUCUGAAUAUUUCUGGGAUCAUAUUCUCCACUAUGAAAAGGUUUGAUGGUGUUGAAAUGAGGGAGCUUACAGUACCAAAGAUAAAGCAGAUUGCAGGCAGAGCUGGUAGGUAUGGAUCCAAAUUUCCUGUCGGUGAAGUGACUUGUUUACGUGCAGAUGACCUACCAUUGCUUCAUUCAUCAUUAACGGCCCCAUCUCCUAUUCUAGAGGUGCUGGCAUUGUCAUUUGAAAUUCUCAUGAAAAUCUGCUUUAACUUGGUUUUGUAAACACCAAUGGGGCUACACUUUCAUGUGUUUCCACAUUUUGCUGUUUACUGAAUCUGAGUAACUUAUAUAAUGCGGCGAGCUGGACUGCUUCCAAGCUUUGAUCUAUUGUAUAUGUAUUCACGUUUGCAUCGAAUGGUGGUUUCUACCAGAUAUUGGUAGGUUGGCCAUGACUAUCUUG